AUGCUCGUCGCCUACGAAGCAUCUGGUCUCAUCCGGUUCACCAUCAUGUUGUUUCUCUGGCCCAUCAUCGCACUCCUUAACGUUUCCGGCUACGAGAACGCCGCUCUCAAGCUCAUGAUCUUUGUAGCGAUGGCAGGUGUCCGCGAAUCGGAGAUCGAGCUUGUGUCUAGAGCCGUCCUGCUUAGGUUCUACAUGGAUGACUUAAGCAUGGACACGUGGAAAAUUUUCAGCUCCUGUAAGAAGAAGGUCGUGGUGACUAGGAUGCCUAGAGUUAUGGUGGAGAGGUUCGCUAAGAAGCAUCUUGGAACCGAUGAGGAGCAUAUUUAUGCACCGGUCCACUCGGACCAAAGUGACCAACAUUUUGAGGUGCAGCCUCCAAAGCCAGUGAUCUUCUACGACGGACGCUUCGUGAAGCGACCAAAGCCAGUCGUGGCUCUCCUAACCCUCCUCUGGAUCCCGUUUGGAAUCAUUGUCGCCGCCAUCCGGAUGUCACUUAUCUUCCUCCUCCCAUUACGGGCCAUGUCCUAUGUCAACCCAAUAUUAGGCAUCCAAGUCACCGCCAAAGGAAAGCCUCCUCAGCCACCGACGGCUAGAGACUCCAGCCUACUCUUUGUUGGUAAUCAUAGAACCCUACUUGACGGGUUUGCGCUAUCUCAUGCUCUCGGACGCACCAUGCCAUCCAUUACAUUCACACGUGCAUGGUUUCCAAGAAUAUUAUCUGCAGUUCCAAUAGUGAGGAUAACAAGAAAGUCUCGAAAUAUCGACGCGGAGAUAAUAAAGCAAGCUCUGUCUGAAGGAGAUUUAACGAUAUAUCCCGAAGGAGUAGUCCUUCAGGAAUCUGGGUUGUUCCGUGCCACCGCAAGAAGCUCUAAUGGUCUGGAUUUGAUUUUCGAGUUCAUGAACCCAAGAAUCGUGUUCGAGAUUACGUUCUUGAAGCAGCUUCCCAUUGAGGACACAUGUUCGUCCGGGAAAAGUCCGUAUGAUGUGGCGAACCAUGUUCAGAGAAUCAUUGCGGAUACGUUAGGGUUCGAGUGCACUAACUUGACGAAGAAGGAUAAGUACAAGUAUCUUACGUAA